AUGGUUACGACUAUAGCCAUCCUUGGUGCAACAGGGAAGACAGGGCGUCAGGUGUUGCAACGGUUCCUGGCGAAGCAAGAUGUCAAUAUACGAAUCUAUGUCCGGUCACACUCGAAGCUCACCAAUAUCUUUCCGUCCCUGCCUUCCGAUUCCCGCGUGUCAAUCUUCCAAGGGCCACUUCAGGACAUCGAUAAUAUGAGCAAAUGUCUAGACGGUGCACAGAAGAUUAUCUUCACGCUUGGCGAAAAUGACAAUCUCCCCGGCGUCAGCGUCAUUGAAGAUGGCGCAAAGUCAGUCCUUGCUGCUCUUGCAGCGUUACGUCAGGGAAGGAAGAACUGGCAACGGCCUCGAGUCAUCUUGUUAUCGUCGGCGACGUGGAACGCUACAUUUGCUGCCACACGGCCAGCCCUGGUCCAUUGGGCUAUCAAGGCUGCCUUUAUUCAUCCUUACACGGAUCUACGCCGCGGGCAAGCAGUUUUCCUCGAUGCUCCUUCACUGGUCAGCGUCCUUCUUGUCCAGCCUAAUGCCAUUGUCGAAGACGAGCCUAGCGGCCAUGAGAUCAGUGUCGAGCGGGCCAGUCUCAGUGUGACUUAUGGUGACUUAAGUGCUGGAAUUGUGGACUUGGCCUGUAAGAAAGAAUUUGACACCCUGACUGCGGUGGGUGUGUCCAGCAAAGCCGGUGAUAAUGGUUUGAAGUAUGGUCCCAUACUUGGGUACAGGAUUGUCAGGGGGUUGUGCGCCACGUAUGUUCCUGGGUUUUGGUCCGUGAACAAGUUUGUGAACGCGAUCAUCUCGACAGUAACAUUCAAAAGAAAGACGAUUUGA